AUGAGAAUUUUAAAAAAUACGUUAGUGAAAUGUAAUUUUUUUCACACCAUAUCAAAAAGAAAAGUAGGUAACAUUUCUUAUUUAAAAGGAAUAAAUGAAAUAUAUAAUCAACAAAUUAUAAAAAACAUAAAUUUAAAUACCCUUGUUUUUCAAAGGAAUGUAACAAAUAGUGUUUUAGAAAAAAGAAAAGAUAAUGUAGAUGAAUACAUGAGCAAUGAUGAAAUAAUUAAAUUUUUUGAAGAAAACAAAAAUAUGAACAUAGAUAAACUAUAUAAUUUAAUAAAAAAUUUAAGUAGAAAAAAGAUUGAUGACAAGAAAAAAAUUGUAGAAAAUGAAAAAUUUUUAAACAUUAUUGAAGAAAUAGAAAGUCGUAUCAAUAUAAUGAAUACAAGAUAUUUAUGUAAUUUUUCCUUAAGGUUAGUAAGUAUAUCAAUAAACAAUGAUGAAAUAAAAAGAGUAUUAACAAAAAUAAGUGAGCAUUUAUUAAAAAAAAUGAAUGUAAAUCCAAGAGAUUUAGUUGGAAUAUGUUAUGCAUUAAGCUUAUGUAAUAAUAUGAAUGAAUAUUUUUUUGAGCACGUAAAAAAAGAGACAAUUUCAAACAUUGAUGCUUUUACACCAACAUUAUUAACUCAAUUAUUAGAAAGUAUGAGAUUAUCACAAAAUCUAGAUGUCGAAUUAACUAAUUUAAUAGUAGAGAAGAUGUGUGAAGAAAUUGAUCGUUUUACUACAAAAGAUGUAAAUUUAGCCUUAAAAACCUUGUCAAUGGCAGGUAUACCAAGAGGUUUUUUGAUUCGUCGUUUAUGUAAUUUGGUUUUUGAUAACGUAUCACACUUUCAUCAUUCAUCCUUAAUAAAUAUUAUUUAUAAUUUAACGAAGUUAAAAUUUACAACAACAAAUCAUAUAGAUGUAAUAUAUAAAAAUGUUGAAGAACAUUUGGAAAAUUGUAACAUUACUACCUUAUCUGAAUUAUUGUAUACAUUUUAUAUGAAUGAAAUAAAUGAAGAAAGUAAAAUAAAUAAAAUUUUUGAAAAUAUUAAAUAUGAUCAAUUUAAUACUACAAAAACAGCUACUAUAAUUGAUUUUAUUCAUGCUUCUACUUAUUAUAACAAACAUAUAGAAAAAGAAAAAUUAUUAAAUUUAAUUGAUUUAUUAUUUAAAAGAAAUAUUCCAAAGUCAUUGACUUUAAUUGCUAAAAUAAGAGAACCAAUAUAUUUUUUAUCAGCUGAUAAUAAUUUUAAAUUUGAUUUAAAUAAUAUUUCUCCGUCAUGGUUAAAUGCUAUGAAUGAUUUCUUAAGAAUUGAUCACGAAAAAUUACAAGCAUUAAAAACUUUUCAUGAAGUUCAGAAUGUUUUAAAUUCAAUUGCAUCAAAUUUUCAGUUAAAUUUUGUUCCCCUACAAGUUAUUCAUUCUUAUUCAGUAGACUUUAUUGAUCACAAUAAAAAAAUUAUAAUUGAUUUAGAUACAAUAGUUAGGCAUACAUCUUUUCAAAUUAAGCAUAAAUAUUUUGAAAAUUUAGGUUAUAAGACAACCAAAAUUCAGUUUUGGAAAUGGAGAAAAUGCAGAACAGAAAAUGAACAACAAAAUUAUUUAUGUGAUAUUAUAUAUUCAGUAACAGAUACAAAACAGAACUUACAAGAAAUUAAUCAGGAUCCAAAUGAAAAAAAAAUUAAUAUUAAUGAGAAAGAAAAUUAA